AUCAUCCAUGCUUGUUUUACCGAGCAGGCCUGCCGUGUCCCCGUCCGGCGACCCGGUCCGCACACGAGAGUUUAAACAGGCGGGCGAGCAGGGCGGCCGUCGACACGGGACUGAAGCCACCGUCGCGGCACCAUGAGGCGCCGACUGCUGCUGGCGUGCCUGGCUCUGCUGGUGCCGUUGCUGGCGGCGCCGCGGGCGGCCGUGGCGCGGGAGUACGCGGCGGUGUUCAGCUUCGGCGACUCCCUGUCGGACACCGGCAACCUCUGCGUGGACGGCAUCCCGGACUACCUCGCCACGGCGCGCUCGCCGUACGGCAUGACCUACUUCGGCUACCCCACGGGGCGCGUCUCCGACGGCCGCGUCGUCAUCGACUUCAUCGCGCAGGAGCUGGGGCUGCCGCUGCUGCCGCCGUCCAAGGCGAAGAACGCGACGUUCCACCGCGGCGCCAACUUCGCCAUCACGGGCGCCACGGCGCUGGGCAUGGACUUCUUCGAGGAGCACGGGCUGGCGCGCGCCGUGUGGAGCUCCGGCUCCCUCCACACCCAGAUCGGGUGGUUCCGGGACAUGAAGCCCAGCAUCUGCAGCUCCCCGCAAGAGUGCCGGGAGCUGUUCCGGCGGUCGCUGUUCGUGGUGGGAGAGUUCGGUGGCAACGACUACGGGUCGACCAUCUUCUCGUUCCGGCCACUGGAGGAGGUGGACGCGCUGGUGCCGCACGUGGUGGGCGCCAUCGCGCGGGGCAUCGAGGAGCUGAUCGCGGAGGGCGCCGUGGACCUGGUGGUACCGGGGCUGCUCCCCACGGGAUGCUUCCCCAUGUUCCUGUCCACGUUCAGCGACAAGCCGGCGGCGGCGUACGGUCCCCGGAGCGGGUGCGUCAAGGAGCUCAACACGCUGUCGUGGGUGCACAACGCCGCACUCCAGCGCAAGGUGGAGGAGCUCCGCGCCAGGCACCCCGCCGUGCGCAUCGUCUACGCUGACUACUACACGCCGGCUAUCCAGUUCAUCCUCCACGCCGAGGAGUACGGGAUGCUGAAGCAGAUGCCGCGAGCGUGCUGCGGUGCGUCAGGUGUGGGGGAGUACAACUUCAACCUGACGUCCAAGUGCGGCGAGCCGGGGGCGUACGCGUGCCAGGACCCUUCCAACCACUGGAGCUGGGACGGCGCCCACCUCACCGAAGCCGCCUACGGCCACAUCGCCAAGGGCUGGCUCUACGGGCCCUUCGCCGACCCGCCAAUCCUCCACCCUUGAGGUCUCUCUGCUGCAGCCUCCACAGCCGCCGGCUAUAACACUCCACAUACGGAUACGGUGCGGCCGGCCGGUACCGUAUAUUCUACACACACGAGAAUAGGAAGCUUUUGUACGUAUAUCAGUUACUGUAGCUGUGAAUUGCUUCCUAUCGACACCCUUUUCUUUUUUUUUUUCUAAUAUAACUUUGUUGUUAAACAUCCUGUAUUCCUGUCCUAUGGCAUGUAUACAGUAUAGUACUACCGACUUUUUUUUUGUCAUUCAUGAUUCAUGUUGUGUAUACUUCAAAGUUCAAACUCACUGUGUGUGUGUGUGUGUGUGUGUGUGUGUGUGAAAACUCAGAGGACUCAUAUUUUAGUUUCGCGUAAGAAUUGUUUUUGUGCCCA